UGCUGUUUCCGCGUUUUUUGGACACAUCACACACAUCCAUGCGUGCGAUGUGGAGGCGUCACCCCAAACGGCAAGUCUGCAUGGUUGGCACCUUCGUGCUGGCACAAGUCUUCGUGCUUCGCUAUGGUAUCCGUGCCUUGAAGGACUCGUCCUCUGGCGCAGGAGCAGGCGGAGCAGCAGCAGCAGCGGCAGUAGGAGCAUCAAGAGCACCAGCACCAGCAGCAGCAGCACUUCCAGGCACACCUUCUUGCGAUUGGAAAGAAGGCGGGCCGGAAAUCUUUGUGAUUAAUGUCGACGUGAGACCAAAAAAACCUCCACGGGCGGAUCAUUGGUACCACGUUACGGAGGCCUCGGCGAGUCGGCGUGCGGAGUUGAUGAAGACCGUCAACGAGACGAGUGAAACCUUGUAUUUGCAGGUGCUCGAUCCUACCUGGAUGGCCGGCACCUCUCCCAUGACCCGACUCUUCCUGGCGGCCACCUUUGCCAACGCCGGCACGAAAAAAGUCUACUUCGUUGACACGAAUCGAACAAGGUUUGGGUAUGGUACGAGUAAUAUCACAACAGGACGACCAGAAAGUCCAAGUCCUCCGUCCUUCAGCGUUCAAAGCAACAGCGCCAGCCUCACACCAGCCGACAAGGACAGGAACAAGACCGAUGUCGACCAAAGCGCGCCGGUAGGGGCACAAGCUGAAGAGUUGCCAACGGCAAACGGGGAGCCAGUUCCGGGGCAGGUGGGACUGCUGGAGUUCCUACCAUGCGGUCGAGGAAACGAGAUCACACUGUCCUCGGCAUCUGCUAUUUCCGAACGACAGAACGUCUCAACAGACGCCGGAACGCCGAUAUCAAACGAUGAUGGGGAAGGGUUGUUUGGGGGCGGAGAGGACACAGAUGGUCGCGGUGAGUGCGACACCCCGCGGGAACCGGUUUGCGUGAAGUACCUCAACACCGUGGGCCGAAAAAAGGUCAGCACAGAGCACUGGUUUCCAAGCCCGGAGGAUGCUCGUUCAUUUCGAACGGCGAUCAACACGUUCUGUCCCAUGCCGUUUCUUAGAGGCGCGGAGGAAGCAGGGGCGGGAGGAGACAGACACCGGCGGGUCGAAGGAGAUGGCUGGGAAGGGGGAGGGGAAGGUGGUGUUCGGCGUCUUUUGCUCUACCAGCGUGAUCAGUGCCGAAGGAUCAAGAACGCGGCACAGGUGAUGGAGGACCUCCGGGAGAGGCUUGGCGGAGAUUGGCUCGUGGAGGAGAUGAUACACGAUGCGGACAGGCAACCGUGUGAGCUGGUGAAAACCGUGGGUGGCGUGGACGUCCUCUUGACUCCGCACGGUUUUCAGUCGAUGUUGGGACUGUUCCUGCGGCCGGGCGCGCUGCUUUUUGAGGUUUUCCCCCACAAAUACUUCUGGGGACAGUACGCCGCUAUGGUGGAAGGACUAGGCGUUCGCCACGCCUGGAGCAUGAGCCGAUCAGGGCGAUUUUUUAUGAGGUUCGCCCACCCCACCACGGAGACAUGCAUGCGGUAUAAACGCUGCCGGGCGUAUUCGCGCAACACCGAUGUCGAAAUCGAAGAACAAGACUUGGAGCGUCUGGUAAAGCUGGCGGUGCCACCAUCAACGAGUGGGAACUUGUGAUUGCACAUGUCAGUGUGCUCAACCUUGCGUGCGCCGGGGACGAUGUGGUGGCCACGGAUGGAGAUAGAAUAUUGUAGGACUGGAACAGUGAGAAGAAAUGCAAGCAGCUUCGCAUAGGAGCCCCGUCAGUAAAGGGCCAUCAGGCGUCAGACCCGCGACGUCCUGUCCCCGAGCUUCUGGGAGCAGAUGGCCUACGACCGGAAGAGUCCCGCGUCCCCGAACUGGGUCGGGGAGAAGGGAGGCCGCGUGCCCCUCGGGGACGGCAUCCCCGGCUUCAGGGAGAAGUGGUUCAAGGGCGCCGGCCGGUCCAACCCGCCAAGCCCUCCCCUGAUCCCCCAGCGACCGAACCCCAAGCGCUUAGGGUUCACGAACGAGGAGUCGUUUCUCGUGCGGUGGUGGAAGGAGAACAACGAGCAAAGCACCCGUCUCCCCAGGCCCUGUGGGACGCGCUCGAAACGAAGCUUCUCACGGCGAAGCGGUCGGGAAACACAUGCGACCCCUGGAAUCGUGCGUUCGGGCCCACCCAUCGGACGUCCAAGGCGCUGAACGACCACGCCGCGAGGGGCAUGAAGGAAUUCGACUGGGGCGGCACGAAAACCGAAGAGGGCAGGAGCGGUAAGAGGAGGCAGCAGCAGCAGGAGCGGGAGAAACAUGCCGCUGCUGGAGCCGAGGCCGGUGAUCAGCGGGAGCGUCAGGGGAGCAAGAAGAGGUCGAGAGAGGACGCAGCGUCCACAAAGGGACGGGCUGCGGCCGGAGCUCCCCCGGUGGAGGCAGACGCGAGGCAGGAAAACGCCCAGGCGUAGGGUUGUUGGGGUUGUGGCCGCAGGAAAGGAAGACGGUGGUGUUCCUUUGGCGGGGUGGCCAGCACGUUAAAUUUGUCGAUCGGGACGUUUCGUUAGGGUUUCGUAUGUUUUGUUUUCGGCGGCAGGGGGCCUCAAGGGCAAGGCGAGGGCUCUAUCCACUGGCUGGCGGCGCGAGGGCUGAGGUUUGGCCAGGGUUCAGAGUUUCUUCGGGCCGCUAGGACCACCAGAACCACCAGAACCACCAGGACCACCAGAACCAUCAGAACCAUCAGAC